AGAUUGCCAUCACGGCCAAGACAGUAACUAUACUGAGUUUUUCUUUGCACCUCUAAACGAUAUUGAGGCAACAUGAAAAUCCUGAUAGUAUCUCUGUCAGUACUGUUACUGCUGCAAUGUUCUCAAAGCAGGAACGUUCCUUCGUUGGUUAGAGCAAACAACAACUCAACUACUUCAGCAGCUACAACUGUAAAAUCUACAACUACAGCAGCUACAACUGUAAAAUCUACAACUGCAGCAGUUACAACCUCAACGGUAACAACUGUAUCUGUGAACAGUUCAACACACCAACCAGGAAACCAUCCCGGCCAAAAUCCAGGACAGAAUCCGGGGCAAAAUCCAGGUCAUAAUCCCGGUCAAAACCCCGGACAAAAUCCAGGUCAGAAUCCAGGACAAGGCAACAACCCUGGACAGGGGAAUAAUCCAGGACAGGGCAACAACCCAGGACAAGGAAUAAAUCCAGGACAAGGAAACCACCCAGGACAAGGAAACAACCCAGGACAAGGAAACAACCCAGGACAAGGAAACAACCCAGGACAAGGAAACAACCCAGGUCCAGGAAACAACCCAGGACAAGGAAACAACCCAGGACCAGGAAACAACCCAGGUCCAGGAAACAACCCAGGACAAGGAAACAACCCAGGACCAGGAAACAACCCAGGUCCAGGAAACAACCCAGGAGGAAACCCAGGACAAGGAAACAACCCAGGACAAGGAAACAACCCAGGUCAAGGUAACAGCCCAGGACAAGGAAACAACCCAGGGCAAGGAAACAACCCAGGACAAGGAAACAACCCAGGACAAGGAAACAACCCAGGGCAAGGAAACAACCCAGGGCAAGGAAACAACCCAGGGCAAGGAAACAACCCAGGGCAAGGAAUAAACCCAGGACAAGGAAACCACCCAGGGCAAGGAAACAACCCAGGACAAGGAAACAAUCCAGGACAAGGAAUAAACCCAGGACAAGGAAACCAACCAGGUCAAGGAAACAACCCAGGAUCAGGAAACAACCCAACACAAGGAAACAACCCGGGACCAGGAAACAACCCGGGACCAGGAAACAACCCAGGACAAGGAAUAAACCCAGGACAAGGAAACAACCCAGGUCAAGGAAAUAACCCAGGGCAAGGAAACAACCCAGGGCAAGGAAACAACCCAGGGCAAGGAAACAACCCAGGGCAAGGAAUAAACCCAGGACAAGGAAACCACCCAGGGCAAGGAAACAACCCAGGACAAGGAAACAAUCCAGGACAAGGAAUAAACCCAGGACAAGGAAACCAACCAGGUCAAGGAAACAACCCAGGAUCAGGAAACAACCCAACACAAGGAAACAACCCGGGACCAGGAAACAACCCGGGACCAGGAAACAACCCAGGACAAGGAAUAAACCCAGGACAAGGAAACAACCCAGGUCAAGGAAAUAACCCAGGUCAAAGAAAUAACCCAGGUCAAGGAAACCACCCAGGUCAAGGAAACAACCCAGGACCAGGAAACAACCCAGGACGAGGAAACUAUCCAGGACAAGGAAAUAACCCAGGACAAGGAAACAACCCAGUUCAAGGGAACUUUCCAGGUCAAGGAAACAGCCAGGGUGUUUUAAUUGGCAAAGUAAGGGCUCAUAAAACUACAACUGCGCCAACAACAGUACCAACCACAUCCGUAUCAACCACAUCAGUAUCAACAACUGUAGCAGCAUCAACAAAUUCUUCAAGUACUAACCCUGGACAAGGUCAUCACCCAGGAGGAAACCCGGGGCAAGGAAACAAUCCAGGACAAGGAAACAACCCAGGACCAGGAAACAACCCAGGACAAGGAAACAAUCCAGGACAAGGAAACAACCCAGGUCAAGGUAACAACCCAGGACAUGGAAAUAACCCAGGACAAGGAAACAACCCAGGACAAGGAAACCACCCAGGUCAAGGGAACAUCCCAGGACCAGGAAACAACCCAGGUCAAGGCAACAAUCCAGGACAAGGAAACAACCCAGGACAAGGAAACAAUCCAGGACAAGGAAACAAUCCAGGACAAGGAAACAAUCCAGGACAAGGAAACAACCCAGGUCCAGGGAACAACCCAGGACAAGGAAACAACCCAGGUCAAGGCAACAAUCCAGGACAAGGAAACAAUCCAGGACAAGGAAACAACCCAGGGCCAGGGAACAACCCAGGACAAGGAAACAACCCAGGACAAGGAAACAACCCAGGUCAAGGCAACAAUCCAGGACAAGGAAACAACCCAGGACAAGGAAACAACCCAGGACAAGGAAUCUUUCCGGGUCCUGGCAACAAUCCAGGUCAAGGAAAUUUCCCGGGUCAAGGAAACAAUCCAGGACAAGGCAUAAAUCCAGGUCAAGGAAACUUCCCGAGUCAAGGAAACAAUCCAGGACAAGGCAUAAAUCCAGGUCAAGGAAACUUCCCAGGUCAAGGAAACUUCCCGGGUCAAGGAAACAACCCGGGUCAAGGGAACUUUCCUGGUCAAGGCAACAACAACCCUGCUUAAGCAUCAUAUGCUAGUCAAGGAAUCUACUAUGGAGAAUAUUGGAGGACAUGAGCUGUAUAACUAUAAUAUUUUUGUUACUUUGAUUGUUAGUUAUUAAAAUUAAUUCUAUGCUCUUGUAAGGCUAUGAUAAAGCAAGCGAGAACUUUGCCAGCUUAUGAUUAUUUAUUGAAUGAUACUAAAAUGUGUAUUUUUUCUGACGGAGAACUUGUUAAAUAAAUUAUUUUUUGACUGAUAAUAAGAA